AUGGCGUGGAGUCAUUCAGCUCGUCGCUGGCGGGCUCUUCGUCAAUGCUGCACUCCAAAACUACGAUUUAAUUCCACUCAGCAAGCUCACAGUCCGCCGCCGUGGAGACCGGUAUCGGCAUUGGACGAAUGGGUUGAGCGUGACAUCCGUCCUAUCAGUUUGCGACAGCUGACCUUCUUUGGACGAACCCUGACGGAAUCCCGGCUUAUCAGUUCGGCCAACUACGUACGAACUGAGCUUCCAACUAGACUCGCCCAUCGCCUACGAGAUAUACAACGACUCCCGUAUGUGGUGGUGGCCAAUCCCCACCUGUCCAUGGUGUACGAGCUCUACUACAAGGCAUUUGAGCGGUUCCGGACCAUCCCAGAGAUAAAGACUUUGGAUGACAAUGACAAAUUCUGCGACAUCCUACGUAAAACGCUCCGAGAACACCUCGUUGUGAUUCCCAAACUCGCAACGGGUGUUCUGGAGUGCCGCGAGCUCGUCCCGUCAGAUGUGCUGGACAGCUUCAUGAACACACUUCUCCGAGCGAGAAUUUCACGCCGCGUUAUCGCCGAGCAACAUCUUGCUUUAACGGAAACCUUUAACUCCCCAUGGCACUUCCCUGGCUCCCAAGAUCGCACAGAUCUAAAUGCCGACUUCGUCGGGGAGGUAUUUCUCAGAUGCAACGCGAAAGAGGUUGCUGAACGGUGCGGGAAGCUGGCGCAGGAUAUGUUGCGGCAGAACGGUGGAUCGGAUAAGAUCCCGGAAAUCUCGGUGCAGGGUCACCUUGAGGCCACCUUCCCUUACAUGCUAAGUCAUUUGGAAUAUAUCAUCGGUGAGCUACUCCGCAAUUCGAUCCAAGCUGUGAGUGAACGAUACCGGGACUCUACGGAGAAACCACCGCCUAUCGAGGUUCUCAUAUGCGAGGCCCCGCAGCAUGUGAUCUUGCGGGUAUCGGAUCAGGGUGGCGGCAUACCGCGUAAGGUCCUGCCGUACCUGUGGUCUUUCAACAAGGGCCCUUACAGCACAUCACAUCUCCAAAAUUUGGGACAGGUUCCCGCCAUGGCUGCCACCAUGCAGGAGCUGUGCGUGCCGACAGAAAGAAAGGAUGCGGAUCGGGACACGUUCCGCGAGAGCUCGCUGGACUCGCUGACCUCGCGGCCUCCCAAUCUGCGUCUGGGGAUCGGUCUGCCCAUGAGCCGAGUGUAUGCCGAGUACUGGGCGGGCAGCUUGGAGCUCCACAGCCUCGAAGGUUACGGAGUGGAUGCGUUCCUGCAGAUCUCGAAACUCGGCAACAAGAACGAACAGGUGACGACACGUGCGUCGAUUGAUGCAGUAUAG